CCCAUAUCUAAUCUCAUCCAAGCUUGACCCCUACUAGAACAACUUUCACGACUUCAAACACUUCUUAAGACCCUUUCAUGGAGAAUCUACAGGGCUUGACACCACAAAACCAAAAUGCAUCAGCAGAAGAUGAGUCGAAGCGGAAGGCAGCUGAAGAUGAGAUGCGCAGGGAUAUGAUGGCGACCAUCCUUGACAUUGCUGCCCGAGAGCGAUUGUCCCGCAUUGCCCUUGUGAGCCCGGAGAGAUCGCGACAGGUCGAGACCGUCAUUAUGCGGAUGGCUCAGUCAGGACAGCUGCGCGGACGUGUGAGCGAGCAGCAGUUGAUCGACCUUCUUGAUCAGAUGGAGGACGCACGGUCCAAGACAACUACGAAGACCACUAUAGUGUACCAGCGCAGGCGAGAUUUUGAUGACUGAUGAUGAUUUUUAGAUGCUUCAUUGAUGUACUCGAAGUCGUUACUUUGAUAUCGUGAUAUCAUAUCAUUCAUUAUCAUUCACCAUACUCCUCAAUUGAAUGCUAACAUGUACCACCCUACCCCUGUUAGUGCCCUGCCCUCACCACCUCGAAUAUCGCAAUACUCGUCGUUAGUCUCUCCUGUCAAGACUUUGUCUCGGCCGUCCGUCGUGCCCACAGGAACGCAAGCUGGACCUUUCUGUUGUCAAUAAUUAUAUGGUGAUGGGUAGUGAAACGAUGAUCGUGACACGAAAGCAGUUGCUCAGGAAGGCCGCCGGUACUAUGACAUAUGUUUGAG